AUGACGGAGGGCAUGGCAACUCGUUCCCGCACUAUCGAGGAUCAGCUGACCAAGCUCACAGAGCUCUUAGCUAAGCAAGACGCCAAGAUGGACGCCUUGUAUCUCACCGUCCAUCAACACUCUGAAGCAUUUGACGUUGUUCAAAAAUCUUUAGCUUCCCAACAGUCAGUGGCGGCGGACAUGAUGGUUAAAUUCUCUACAACCGACAAACCUUCGGCCCCGACCACACAGCCACCCUUGCUUCCACUACCAGCACCGACCUCAGCCAACCCUUAUGUUUUUUCCAUACCCUUACCAAACCCAAACCGUCCGCCGAAGAUCGAACUUCCUCUAUUCUCUGGCGAUGGGGUUUUUGGAUGGUUAUUCCAGGCAAACCACUUCUUUGCUUCUUAUCAAACACCAUUGGAUAACCAAUUACAUACGGCGGCCUUCUACAUGACAGGCCCAGCUUUACAAUGGUUUCAAUGGAUGCAAGCCACUAAUCAGUUUAGCUCCUGGGAAAAGUUUUCUCGACAACUAGAGCUUCGGUUUGGCCCAUCUACCUUCCUCAACCAUAAAGCUCAACUGUUUAAGCUCAAGCAACAGACCACCGUUGUGAAGUACUUAGAAGAGUUUGAGUGCCUAUCCACUCGGGUUACUAACCUCACUACCGCGAGUUUGCUAAACUGUUUUCUCUCAGGGUUAAAAGAUGAUAUCCAGCAAGAGUUAUAUAUACUUCGACCAACAGAUCUUCAUGAGGCCAUCGGCCUCGCCAAACUCGUCGAAGACAAAUGCAACGCUGCACGCGUUUCAUCGCCAUAUCCACGUACCCAUUUUCCGCGUCCACUUCCGGCUCCAUCACUGCUAGUCGCCGCCGGUCCCCGGCCACCCUCUCUUCCCAUCAAGCGACUCACACCAUUCGAAAUGGCGACCCGUCGAGAGAAGGGACUGUGCUUCAACUGUGAUGCCAAAUUCGUCCCUGGCCAUAAAUGUAGUCCCGCACAGUUCCUUUGUCUAAUGGUCGACACCGAGGAGGAUACUACAUUCGACUCCCCACCACCCACCGACACCCCCGAGCUGCUCCCACAAAUACAUCCCACUCCACAGGAUGUCGAUACCACUCCAUGUAUUUCGUUCCACGCACUCACCGGUCAACUUGUUCCCUCAACAUUAAAACUCGCGGGAUCUAUUCACGGGCAUCCUGUUGUUGUACUGAUUGAUGGUGGCUCGACUAAUAACUUCAUUCAAAGCCAUCUAGUUAAACAUCUCGGCCUCACUGUUCAUCCGUCACCUCACUUGCGAGUCACGGUUGGGAAUGGAGAAUCUAUGGGUUGUGGCGGUGAGUGUCGCCAGGUGUCGAUGAAACUCGGUGACACCUCCUUUUCAGUCGAUCUAUUGUUGCUUCCUAUCUAUGGCGCCGAUGUUGUCCUAGGUGUACAAUGGCUCUCUGGAUUGGGACCUGUGGUCUUUGACUAUCGCAAUCUGUGGAUGGAAUUCAUCCAACAAGAUUCAUACAUCUGUCUCCAAGGUUUGACCAGGUUGGAAUUGAAUUAUAUCACCCCAUCUUCCCUCGUAAAACAACUCACCAACCAAUCCACAACCCAAUAUUGGCAUCUAGAGGUUGAACACUCUCCAACAGACCCGGAUCCCAAGUUUGGUCCAACUGCUCCACCUUCCUUUAUUGCUGCUCUACGUCUUCUCUUAACCUCUUUUGCAGAUGUUUUCUCUCCUUCCAUUGGGCUACCACCUCAGCGACCAUUCGACUACUGCAUUCCCCUUCUACCCAACACCACCCAAGUUAAUGUCAAGCCUUAUCGCUACCCGCAUUUUCAAAAGACGGAGAUUGAAAGAUUGGUGACUGAAAUGAUAUCAGAUGGGAUCAUACAGCCUAGUACCAGCCCUUACUCUGCACCCGUUUUGCUAGUCAAGAAACGUGAUGGUUCUUGGCGUUUCUACGUCGACUACCGUGCUUUGAAUGCAGUGACUGUGAAAGAUCAUUUUCCCAUUCCCACAGUCGAAGAACUGUUUGACGAGAUCGCCGGCGCCCAUGUUUUUUCCAAGCUUGACCUGCGCGCCGGUUACCACCAAGUCCGAAUACACCCACCCGAUAUUGAGAAGACGGCCUUCCGUACUCACGAUGGCCAUUAUGAAUUCAAAGUGACGCCUUUCGGCCUUUCCAACGCCCCAUCAACAUUCCAAGCCUUAAUGAACUCUGUCUUCAAGGGUAUUCUUCGCCGAUUCGUCCUCGUGUUCUUCGACGAUAUUUUAAUCUAUAGCACUGACUGGGAUCAUCAUUUACAACACUUACAAGCUGUUUUCUCUAUCCUCCGAUCUCAUCACUUGCAUGCAAAGCAACAGAAAUGUGAGUUUGGCAAUGCCGAAAUUGGCUACCUAGGCCAUCGUAUCUCUGGUCAAGGUGUAUCCGUUGACCCAUCCAAAAUUUCCAUGAUAUGUAAAUGGCCACAACCACGUGCAGUUCGUGAUCUUCGCGCGUUUCUUGGGUUGACUGGCUAUUACCGGCGCUUUGUGCGUAACUAUGCUGCACUCACUGCACCACUCACCAUCCUUUUAAAGAAAGACUCUUUCACUUGGUCUCCGACGCCGCGGCCGCCUUCCACAAUCUCAAGACUAUCAUGA